UUGAUGUGAGUGCAAAAUGUGCCUAGUGUAAAGUUCAAGCUGGGUUUUACAGUUAAUAUUUUGUGUGAAAAUGAAAACCAGAAAGUUAUUUAAUUGGGCCAUGUGCUGCCUUCUGCUGCAGUUGCUGAUCCUGCUCUUGACCCAUGAGGCUCAGUGCAGGCGAUCGUCACAGCUGAAGCGUUUACAAAUUUUAUCGCCGGCACAAAUGCUCAAGGAAUACAAUCCGUUGGCGACAAAUGUGUCCGCUGAGCAGCUGGAUGAGAGCAUUGUGUCCUGGACGGGCGCACGCAUUCAGCAGCCGCGCAGCAAGCCGAGCGAGAGGAAAGCCCAAAAAACGCGUCGUCGUAAAACCAAAAGUGGCCUCCUGAUCGAAAGUAACAUCAGCGAUGAGCUGCCAUCAGCUUCCUCAGAGACAAGCUCCGGCUCCAGCUCCAGAACGGGCAAGAAGACCAAGCAGCGUGGACGCAAUGGACGCCUCCAAAGACCAGACGGUAAAUCGAAUACCAAUGAUUUGCGGCUACGUAACAAUCAACAGGCGGACGAGGCCGCCAAUAUUGGUGGACUUUUUCCGCCUCUCUUCAAUGUGGCGCCACGCGCCUCGAUUACAGUGAAUGCGACCUGUGGCCAGAAUGGUGCUGAGGAGUACUGCAAAGUGGUGGAUGCCUAUCCGCAUCGUAACUGGGCCAAGCACUGUGGCACCUGUAAUGCCCAUAGCUCGGAUCGUUCCAAGCAGCGACCCAUAGAGUCGCUGAUCUCGCCCAGCUUCGAGGAGAGCUGGUGGCAAUCGCCCACGUUGCAGGGUGGACGUCAGUUUGAGUAUGUAACCAUUACAUUGGAUCUGAAACAGACGUAUCAAAUCUUCUUCGUCAUGCUGAAAUCGGCCAAUUCGCCACGUCCUGCUUCCUGGAUACUGGAGAAAUCAAUCGAUGGCAUUAACUACGAGCCCUGGCAAUACUUUGGUCUCAGCGAUGCGGACUGCAAGCGACGCUACAAUCUGUCCGGACGGAAUGGCAAAUACUCGUUUAAAAACGAUACUGAAGUGAUAUGUUCCACACAAUACUCCAAACCGCUGCCAUUGGAGAACGGGGAACUGCACGUGUCCCUGCUAAAGAAUCGACCUGGUGCACAGGAGCAAACGCCAGAGCUGAUGGAGUUCAUCACGGCUCGAUUUAUGCGAAUUCGACUGCAGGGCAUGCACUCGACGGCGAAUCUGGAGAAUAGCGUCGACUGGGCCCUCGAUGCUCAGUCGCUGGAAAAGCGCAGUUUCUACAGCCUGAAACAGUUGCGUGUCAGCGGUCGCCUGGACUGUCAUGGACAUGCGAAUCGCACACAGGAUGUGGCGGGUAAUACGCUGCUGCAGUGCAUCUGUCAGCACAAUACGUGUGGCAUGCAGUGCGAGGAGUGCUGUCCACUCUUCCAGGACCGGGCCUAUGCUGCCGGCGGCGAAUGUGAGAUUUGUCAGUGCAACGGACAUGCGCAGAGCUGCAACUACGAUGCGUACCUGGAGCGUGGCAUCUGUCAGAGCUGUGGCAACAAUACAGCCGGCAAUGAGUGUGAAUUUUGUGCAGGCGGCUUCUAUAGACCACUUGAUGCGGCACCCACUGAACCCUGCCUGCCCUGCGCCUGCAAUCCGCAACGUUCCACGGGCAACUGUGCACCUGUGGGAGGCGCCUGCCAUUGUCUGGAGGGAUUCCAGGGUGCCCACUGCGAGGAGUGCGCUCCGAAUUACUACGGUGACGAUUGUCGCCGCUGUGAAUGCGAUUCACGUGGAACUCUCGAGGACAGCGCCUGCGCAGGAAGUUGUCGGUGCAAGGCACAUGUGGAGGGCGACACCUGUUCGGUGUGUGCCACGGGCUACUUUGAUUUGAAUGCUCUCAAUCCUGAGGGCUGCAGUCCCUGCUGGUGUUCGCAUGUCUCGGAGAAUUGCCACAGCGCCAAGCUGCAGACUCUGGCCUUUGAAACGCUCAAUGAUUGGAAGCUAACGGACAUACAGCGAUCGCAAUCGAUACCCAUCUCUUUGGAUGCGGAACAGAAGCGUUUGAUUUUUGGUUAUGAGUUGGCUGAAGUGGAGGCGGUUUACUGGCAGGCGCCGAUGGGUUAUCUGGGCAAUCGUCUGACCAGCUACGGUGCCAGGCUGCAACUGCAAUUAGCUUGGGUGGUGAUGAGGGGUGAUACUUCGGGCAAACCCACAACUGGGCCCAAUGUCAUAUUGUUCGGGAAGAACGGCUUAAAGAUUGCCUAUGCGGAUGAGUCGUUUGAGAGCUUGGAGCUCGCUCUGAAUGUCACACUAACGGAAGAGGGCUGGUAUCAUGUGCCACCCACAGUUAAGGACAUCAAGACCCGAUUGCGUCGCACUGAGGGUGGCUAUUAUCAUGGCGAGGAGGUGACCAGAACACAGUUCCUUUCGGUGCUCGUCUCACUGGAUGCUCUGCUCAUACGCGCCGCCUUUCACACAGAUCAGGUGGAAACAUCGCUGGCGCACGCUGUCAUCUAUUCGGGUGGCGUUGAGCUGGGCGCCCAGGCCACAACACAGGUGGAGCAGUGCAUCUGUCCAACUGGCUACACGGGUCUCUCGUGCGAGGGCUGCUCCUUUGGGUAUAAGCGCAUCUUUGAAAACUCCACCGAUCAUCAGCUGCUGGGCAAAUGCAUACCCUGUCCUUGUAACGGCCACUCGAACUCCUGUGAUCUGCAGAGCGGCAACUGUGGCGAUUGCAUGCACAACACCUACGGAGAACGCUGCGAGCGUUGCCAGCUUGGUUUCUAUGGCAAUCCGCUGCAGGGCACACCACACGACUGUAAACGCUGCGCCUGCCCCCUGCUGGAGGAGUCGAACAAUUUCUCGCCCAGUUGUCAGUUGAAGAGCUACAACUAUAUGGAUCUGAAUCCGCAAUUCGAGCUGAUCGAGCAUGCGGAAUACAUAUGCACACAGUGCCCGGAGGGAUAUACGGGAGAUCAUUGCCAGGUGUGUGAUGAUGGAUACUUUGGCAAUCCGCUGCAGAUGGACAACAGCUGUCAGCGCUGCGAUUGCCAGGGCGGUCCCUGCAAUGUCACCAGCGGUGAAUGCAUCACUUGCUAUGGGAAUACAGAAGGAUGGCGCUGCGAGCGCUGCAAACUGGGCUAUUGGGGUGAUCCCGCUGUCGGCUGUGAGCCGUGCAACUGUUUUGCCGAUGGCUCCGAGAGUGGCCUCUGCGACAGCACAGAUGGGCAGUGCCUGUGCCGUCCCAGAUUCGCCGGCCAGAAGUGCAAUGAGUGCGAUGUGGGCUUUGCCCAAGUGGAACUGCAAUGUGUACCCUGCGGCUGCGAUGCACUGGGUGCUGUCAAACUGGACACCUGCAAUAACAGCAGUGGACAAUGCGAGUGCAAAGUGGGCGUCAUGGGCCUCAAGUGUCACGAGUGCCAGAAUGGCUACUUUGGCAUGAAUAUCAAUGCCCAGCAACUGGAGGAUUUGGCUGCCCUGCGUCUGGCCGAGAAUGAUGAUGACUGGGAGCUGAUCAACGAUAAUGAUGAUCAAAUGGAGGCUGUGGCCUGCGAGGAUUGCCAAUGCAGUCCUAUUGGCUCGCUGUUAACGGCCUGCGACAAGCGCUCGGGUCAGUGUUCGUGCCUGCUGAAUGUGGCUGGUCGUCGCUGCGACAAGUGCAAGGCGGGUCACUGGAAUCUGACGCAAGGCGUCGGCUGUCACGACUGUCAGUGCGAUCCGCACGGCGCACGCAGUCACGAGUGCAAUCCGUGGACGGGUCAAUGCGAUUGCAAAAUUGGAGUUGGUGGACGGCAUUGCAAUGAGUGCACCGAGGGCUUCUAUGGCUUCAGUACGGAGGGCUGUCAACGCUGCUCGGCAUGCGCAGCAGAGGGCCAGGUGUGCGAUCCACUGAAUGGACGUUGUAUUUGUCCCAAAUUCACGCGAGGAUUGGGCUGUGGCCAGUGCGUGCCCGGCACCUGGGGCUGGCAGGCACGUUUAGGUUGUCGCGAAUGCGAAUGCGAUCACAUCGGCUCCAUUGGGCAGCAGUGUGCCACAGUCGGUGGACAAUGCGAGUGCCGCGAGGGCUACGCGGGUCGCAAUUGCAACAGCUGUGCCGUCGGCUAUUUCGGUUAUCCCGAAUGCCGGCGCUGCGGCUGCGAUGUGGCAGGCUCUUUCAAGCGCGCCGAUGGCCUGAUUGCCUGCGAUUCGAAUGGCCAGUGUCCGUGCAAAUCGCUGGUGGUGGGUCUCAAGUGCGACACGUGCAUGCAGAGCACGUUCGGGCUGUCCACGCUGAAUCCCGAGGGCUGCACGCGCUGUUUCUGCUUUGGCCGUGCCGCCGAGUGCGAGCAGAGCGAACUCUCCUGGGGCCACAUCCGCAUGCCGGAGGCACGCAAUCUCAGCGUACAGCAGCUGCGACCGCAGCACGUGCCGGGCGCGGAUUACGAGUACAUUGUGGUUGUCCAAAUGGAGGGCAGUGCAUCGCACAGCGAAGAUGCCGAAAUCCAGCACAUGAACGAUCUGAGCCUGGUGCCACGCUCCACGGGCAACGUCUCGAUUGGCGCCUAUGCCCAGUUCUAUCAGCCGCUGUACUUUCAGCUGCCGCCACAAUUCUACGGUGAUCGCACCACCAGCUACGGUGGCUUCCUCUACUUCUCACUGCUCACCGAGGGCGCUCACACGCCGCUGGAGCGUAAGGUGCUCGCUCAGUUUCCGCUCGUCCAGCUGCAUGCGCAUGCCAAGCUGGUGUUGGACUUUUACGAGUACGAGGAGUUCGAAUAUUCGCUAAAUGUGACGCAUCGUGUGCCGCUGCAUGAGUCCUACUGGAAGUACCAUCACAAUAGCCAGGCUGUGGAUCGAGGAACGCUGAUGGCGGCUCUGCAAAAUGUUCGUCACAUAUUUCUGCGCGCCUUCGCCUUUGCCGAUUUCCAGCAAGUUGUCUUACACAGUGUGCACAUGGAUGCGGCCAUAUAUGUGCAAGGAUCCACUAACCUUAUGGCCAAGGGCGUCGAGCAAUGCAAGUGCCCCAAACGGUUUGAUGGGCUCUCGUGCCAGGAUCCGGGACGCUCCUUUUACCGUUGGCGCAACACAACCGAUGUGGAAAGUGUGUUCAUUGAGGAUCUGAUUGGACGCGCUGCGCCUUGCCACUGCAAUGGACGUAGCAAUGAUUGCGAUCGCGAAACUGGCGUUUGUUCGAAUUGUCGUGAGAAUAGCGGCGGCGCACAUUGCCAGCACUGCGCCGAUGGCUACUAUGGGGAUCCCAACUCGCGACAUGGCUGCCAGGCGUGCCCGUGUCCCGAAACCAAUCGAAACUUUGCGCGCGGCUGCAACGUGUGGGAGGGCGAGGUGAGCUGCGUCUGCAAACCGGGCUACACGGGCCGCCUCUGCGAACGCUGCCGCUUGGGUUUCUUUGGCCAUCCGAUGCAGUAUCCAAACAGCAGUUGCCAGGCCUGCAACUGCAAUCCGGAUGGCAUACGUGCAGAGGGCUGCGACGCGGAUACGGGUCAGUGCCAGUGCCGCGAAGGCGUCACAGGACUCAAAUGCAACAAAUGCGAGGCAGAACGGCAUCAUCUGGUGGAGAAUGGCUGCCAACUUUGCGAUAAUUGCACUUUACUGCUGCUGGACUAUGUGGAGCUGGUGGGCCAUAAGCUGCGCCGUGGGCUGCACAAUAUGGAUCUGACUGGCAUACCGGCACCUUAUCUUAAAUUAUCCGAGUACGAGCAGGCCUAUGAAGUGUGGCGGGCGCGCCAGCAGGACUACAGUCAGGCGAAGCAGCUGCUGCUUGGCUACGAUACGGCAGCGCUGCUCAAACUGGAUGCGCAUGCGGAGAAUGGGAAAUUUCAGUCGCGCAAAGCGCUGGCCAUCAUUGGCAAACGUCAUUAUGCGCUCACUUCGAUGCAGGAUGCUGCUUUAGUGCUCCGCCAGAAUGUGGGCACGCUACAAACGGAGCUGAGGCAAACACUUUAUGACCUACACAAUUAUGGCCGGGGUGCACAGCAUCUGAGUCUGCCCACGGCGCUGAAAGAGGCACGCUUCUAUCUGCAGGCCAUUCAACAGCAUCAUCAGCUGGUGCAGGAUAUUCGGAGCACCAGCGACUGCGCCUGGCAGCACUUCUACUCCACGGGCAAUGCCUCGGAUGCGGCCUACGAUCAGCGCGCUCGCCUGGAGAUGUUCUGGCGGGAUCUGAAUCAGACGAAUUAUCGCGUGACAGACAUGCGUCUGCAGAUCGAUCGCACCCAGGAUGUGGAGAGCGAAGCGGACGAUGUGCUCGAGCAUGUGCGCAAUUUGAGCGGCCAUGUGGGCGAACAAUAUCAGCAACUGACUGAGCUUGGCCAGCGCAUAGAGCACCACCUGAAUCGAGAUUAUGUGGAGCGUGGCGAGCAAAUGUGGCAAACUGCACAGCAGCAUCAGUCCCAGCUCAACGAGCAGCGCCAGCAGUUAACUACCUCAGCUGAUCUCCUGAACAGAACACUCAUCGAUCAGUUGGAGCUCCAGCGCCAGGUGCGCAAACACUGGCUGCCUAAGGCGCAGAAGCAUGCGGCACGUCUGCUCGAGCGCUCCAAUGAGUAUGCCAGGCAGUUUCAGCCAACAAGGAAUGCGGCACGCAUUGCCAUGUUGGCCAGCUCUGCACACAGCAAUAUUUCCACAGCGAUUGCAAAUGCUCGUCAAGCUUCGCAGCUGUCCAAGGAGCGCGUCUAUGAGGCCCAUCAGACUCUGUACCCCAGUGAUGGCAGCUCGAUGAUUGAGCGCGCCAAGCACUCGCUGCAUCGCUCCAAGCAGUUGCAGCGCGAGGCACUGCAGCAAAUGCAAAAAUCCACUGUACUGAAGGCGAAGCUGCAGCACCAGGAGCAGCAGGUGGAGGGCAUCAAGCGCACCAUUUUCGAGACGGGUCAGCGCAGCAAUAAUAUCACCAGUCAGCUACAAUUGCUGACCAACAGCUCGGCGCGUCGUCAUGCCCAGGACAGCAUGGAGCUGGCACAGCGGACAAGCGAUGAGAUGCAUGCGGAGACGAGGCAGGCACGCGAAAUGCAACAAUCCAUUCGGCAUAUGCGCAAAUCGUUUGCCAUGCUGGAGCCCGACUGGGAGAUCAAGCUGGGCAUGGCCGAGGAGAACAUCUCACUGACCAAAACGAAUCUGCGGCUGGCCAACGUUUCGCUUAGCUACGUGGAGCAGAAGGCGGUCAAGGAGCAGCAGGUCUUUGAGGUCUGGAACAAUAGCAUGGCUGACCAGCUGCAGCAACUCAGGGAUCAAAUAGCCAAGGCCAGGCAUGCGGCUGAAGCGAUUGACGUCUCGCUGGAAUCGCUGGGACCCAAAUGCAGUCGCAGCUAUUUGCCUGUCUCCUAUGGGCUGAGCACAUCGAACUCUUUGCGCUUGAGCUUUGCGCUCUCGAAUCACAUGGGCAACUCACCGCUGGUGCAUGUCCAGGGCAGCGAGGGACGACACAUCACCCUGGAGCUGUACAAGCGACGAGUGCGUCUGGUUUGGCAUCUGGGCGGCAGCACAGCGACCAUAACACAUCCUCUGGAAGUGCAGACUCGUGACCCGAAAUUCGAUGAUGCCUGGUACCAAGUGGAGGCGAAUCGCACACUGAAUCUGGGCAGUUUGCUGGUGCGGCGCAUGAACAACUUUGGCGCACUGACGCCCGGCUCACCAGUAACCGGAUCCACAGAUGCGGAACACACGCGCUUCUACCAGACGCAUAAUGAGCGUGUUUCACUUGGCGGCUUUUCAACUAAAGAUCAAACACCUGGUUUGAAUGUCGUUGUGCAUCAGGUGGAGGUGGACAACAAGCCGUUGGGCCUGUGGAACUUUGUGGGCAGCGAGGGACGUUGCGGUGGCGCCAUGAUUGGCGCACGGGAAUCAUCCGCAUCCUCGAUGUCGCGUCACUUCAAUGGCUUGGGCUAUGCACAGCUGAAGAAGACGCGUUCGCGUCCCUAUCGCAAGAAUCUAUUUGCACUGCAGAUGACUUUCCGCACGCUGGACGAGAAUGCGUUGCUCUUCCUGGCGGUUGAUGACAUAAACAACCGCUCGGUGUCUGUGACUUUGAGUCGCGGUCGCAUCAUGUUCCGCAUUGACUACGGCGACGAGUCCAAGCUGGAGAUUAAUACAACCAAAAAGUACAACACGGGCCAAUGGAUCAAAAUUGAAGGAGCUCGCGAAUUCUCCGCUCGACGCAGCACGGAGAAUGGCAUGUUGCGCGUUAACAACGAUCGCGCCAUCUCCGGCGCACCCACAUUGCCGGUUAAGAGCCACAUGCUUCCAGAUCUAUCCAAGGCAGUGUAUUAUCUAGGCGGUGUGCCACCAGGUUUUACUUCGGGCACGACAAAAGCGCCUGGUGCCGACAAUCCCUUCCUGGGCUGCAUGAUGGAUGUGCAAGUAAAUGGCGAGACCUACGAUCCGCUCGAGAGUUCCACGUACUUUGGCGUGGAGCCCUCGUGUAAAGACAUGAUCACAAAAGCUGGCUUUUCGGGCAAUGGUUAUCUCGAACUACCCUCGCAGUCGCUGCGAAAACGCGCCAACACUGGUCUGGUCUUCCGCACGCUGCAAUCUGAUUGUUUGCUAUUGCUAGCCGCUUAUCCACCUGAAGUGCUGGCCGACUAUGAUGCCAAGGACAUCAAGGGCAACUACUCGAUGAGCCUGGUCGAUGGCCAGCUGCAGGUGUGGAUCAAUUCGGGACGCAGUUUUAUCAAGAUGUUCUCCAAUGCCAGCCAGUUGAACGAUGGCGAACUGCAUGUCAUCAAUCUGAUCAAGACGGGACGCCGACUGGAGCUGAUGGUGGACGAUGAGCAGCAGGAAGUGCGCACUCUGACAGGCACACCCUCACUUAUCAGUCUGCCACAGGAUGCUGGUGGUCUUUAUAUAGGCGGCGCACCGCCGCACGAAAUUUACACGCCUCUGGCACCCACUUUUGUUAAGCUGGAGGGCGCUGUGCGGGAUGUGGUGUUCAACAAUCGUACGAUUAAUUUCAAUGAUGCUUUGACCUUUAACAAUGUGCAGAUUGGACGCAAUGGUCCAGCGAUGGGCAGCCUCAAUGGCAGUCUCUACGAUGUGCUGCUGAAGACGGAGCCGAUGAUUGGCAAGAGUUUUACCGCCUCGCCGGAGGGCUGCAAGCGGAUCGGCAGCUACUCCUACGAGCCAAAUGCUUUCAAAUUUGGCGAUGAGCUUUACAGCUACUCGCAGCUAAAGCUGCCGGAACGCCACUUCUGGCAGCGCAACUUUUAUCUGAGCUUCGACUUCCGCUCGUUUUAUCCGAACGGAAUGCUCUACCUAUCACCAGGCAGCAAGGAGAAGCCCAAGCAUUAUGUUGCCCUCCUGCUCAAGGAUGGCCAACUGGUGCUCAUUGUGCGCGGACGUCGACGGGAGGAGUUGCAGUUGACGGCCAAGCUGAACGAUGGUGAAUGGCAUCGGGUCACAGUUGGCUGCCACGAGCGGAAAGUCACCAUGAGCGUGGAAAUCGGACGCACAGAUCAAAAGACAUCCGCACAAAUGAAGGUGCCCAAAAAGAUAGGCACCUCACAGCUUCUGCUCGUGGGUGGUUUGCCCCAGGCACCUGUUAAGGUGCCCUCGGAGCUGUAUAUCCGCUUGGAGGCAUUCAAGGGAUGCCUGCGUCGCGUCAACAUUAACAAUAGCACACAGGACCUGGCACGUCCAGGCAAGCACGCGAAUGUGGGCCAAUGUUUUCCCACCGUAGAACGAGGCAGCUACUUCCCUGGAGAUGCCUAUGCCGUAUACAAGAAAAACUUUCAUGUGGCCAAAUAUUUGGAACUGGAAAUGGAAUUUCGCACCUCUGAGCUAUCGGGCAUAUUGCUGAGCGUCUCCGAGCCCAGCGGCUUUCCCGCACUCUCGCUGGAGAUCAACAAUGGCAAUAUCGUUUUCUCUUGUGAUCUGGGCGAUGGCGUGCCGUUCCGCGUGAAGUCAACGCUGCCCGGCAAGUAUGCGCUCUGCGACAAUAAAUGGCAUAAUAUAUCGGCGCUCUAUGAUGGUGAGCAGGUCGCGCUGAGAAUUGAUCAGCUGCCGGCUACGAUCAGCAUGUCGAAUCAGCGGAAUGCGGGCAAAGUGCAGACACGUUCGCCCCUCUACAUCGGCGGAUUGCCAGAUAUCGCAGCCAGCGGCUGUUUGCUCGCACGUGAGAAUUUCAAGGGCUGCAUACGCAAUGUGUCCAUACGCAAUGAGAGACGCGAUUGGAUCGAUAUGGAUGAUCUGCACAAUGUGCUGCUCAGCGAGUGUCUCGUGUCCAGCAAUGAUAACUGAUCGCAGGACAUGGGGGCGUUCUCUGGUUCCUGUUGACGCCACACCAAAACUUUUUCCAAAUGUAUUGUGAUCAAUUAUGAGUUUUAUAUGAUAGCGAUAGACUUAGAUAACGUCCAAUAAGUAGCAUAUCACUGCCAUAUAAGUAAUAUUAAUUUAGCAAUACGAUAAAACUGAAAGCUUAUUUUAUUUCAUUGCCAGUGACUGCAUUUUAAUAUCCUACAUGUCUGUAUUUAUUUAAUUCUUAACUUAUUUUGUUUUUAUUAUUUUAAA